AUGCCGCCUUCGGCUGAGCCCCAAGAUGAACAGCAGAGCAAGAAUGAGGACGCAAAGUUCGGCAAGUCAACGAAACCCUUCUACUACCACCCGUCAGAUCCACACCUCCACGACGUGGAGCUGACGAAACGACUGAAGGAGCUGGCGCACUUCUCCAAGUACGCGAUCGGAAUAUACGGCUGGAUGCUGUAUGUAUGGUCCCAUCCCUGGACCGGAACCUUCCGACUGGCAUUCUCCUGUUUGCGACGCAAGCAUCGCUGGGUGCACGGCGACAACUGGUUCCACCUUGGCCAAACAGCUCUGCAGCUUGAAACCAAGAUUAAGAGCGACGACAUUGUGUACGCCAGCUUCCGCAAUUCGGUGUACCAACCAGCUUUCGCAGUGAUGCUUGACCACGAGCGCAAGGAGGUUGUCAUUGCGAUUCGUGGCACGCUGUCGCUUGAAGACUGCCUCACGGAUGCCAUCGCGUAUGGCAUGUCGAUGGAUGACGUGGCUGAUCGCUGGGGAUGUGAUGGUGCCGGCGAGUACGCGCACCAAGGCUUCCUCACGUGCGCCGAGUCGGUGUAUCUAGAGCUCAAUCGCCUUGGCGUGCUAGAAAUGCUGUUUGACGAAAAGUCAACGGCGACCAUUGCCACCAGCGGAGUCAACGUGUGCGAACGUGGAACAUACCACGACUACGAUCUCGUGCUUACAGGCCACUCACUUGGAGCUGGUACUGCUGUGUUGUUGUCAGUGAUGCUGCGCCCCAAGUACCCGCAGCUUCGCUGCUUCGCCUUCAGCCCUCCAGGCUGUACCAUGUCUUCUGGACUUGCAUCUCGUUGCGCUGCCUUCACGGAUUCGGUUGUAGUGGGCGACGACAUCAUUGCACGGUCGUCCCUCACUUCAGCCGAGGAACUGCGCGAUCACGUGCUGGAUCUGAUUGGGAGGAGCAAGGUCAACAAGGCUGCGAUCCUGCGUCAGGUUAUCGCAUGGCGCACUCCAGACGAACUUUUGCACAGAAGCUGCGACGAGCACUCGGCGUUUGACGACGAUGGCUACGGCGGUGAGAGAGUGCGCUCCCCGUUCAUCGCGCACUUGUCCAAUUACCGCACCAUGCUGCAGCGUAUCCAGGAGUCGGAGCCGAUUCACGAGCUGACCAUCCCUGGGCGCGUAGUACAUCUCAAACGUGUCGUGCGCGCCAAGGGGGCAGCAGGCUGCUGGGUGUGCUGCCGACCUGGAGGUGGCGGCAUCUGCUGCACUGCACGCAGCAACUACCGCUUUGCGUGGGCCGCGGAAGGUCAAUUCAGCAUGAUCCGCAUUGGGCGCACUAUGCUGGAUGACCACUUCCCGGACAAGGUACACUACGUACUUCAGGACUGCGUCAAGCGUAUGCGCAAGAGCGAGCACAAACACGAGAGGGAGAAUAUUUAG